GCUAACACAUUGCUAACCUAAACGAUCGGAGUGCGUUUAGAGUGUCGUGUCACCUCUUGUCAGUCAAUUGUCAUGUUUGUUGUGUCGUGUUAGCGUGCGGGUGCAACGUAAAUACAAUGCAGCAAGUCGGCACGAAGAAGUCUGCGUCGUCGACGACGUCCGCGAUGACCACCGCUUCAAAUACGCCGCCGACUCCGCGUAAAGUCGCCUCCGUGAACAAGAGAGCCGGCAUCACCAGCCUCAUCAUUUUUCUUAUCUUGUUGCUUGCGUGGAUUGCCGGCUUUUCGUCGCGCCUUUUUGCAGUUAUUCGUUUCGAAAGUAUCAUCCAUGAAUUCGAUCCUUGGUUUAAUUACCGCGCUACGGCAUACAUGGUGAAGCAUGGUUUUUACAAUUUUCUCAACUGGUUCGACGAACGCGCGUGGUAUCCACUGGGUAGGAUCGUCGGUGGUACUGUGUACCCCGGGCUGAUGAUCACAUCAGGCAGCAUUCACUACCUCCUGCAUCUACUGCACAUCAACGUUCACAUUCGCGAUAUUUGCGUGUUCCUUGCACCCGUUUUCAGUGGCCUUACAGCAAUCUCAACGUACUUCCUCACCAAGGAAUUGUGGUCUGCCGGCGCGGGCUUAUUCGCUGCUUGCUUUAUCGCAAUCGUUCCCGGGUAUAUCAGCCGAUCCGUGGCAGGCAGCUACGAUAACGAGGGCAUCGCCAUUUUUGCCUUGCAGUUCACCUACUACCUCUGGAUCAAGUCCGUUAAGACCGGCUCGGUCUUCUGGGCGGUGAUGGCGUCGCUGUCCUACUUUUACAUGGUGUCAGCAUGGGGCGGUUACGUAUUUAUUAUAAAUUUAAUUCCACUACAUGUGUUUGUUCUGUUGCUGAUGAACCGCUUCUCGCACCGGCUGUUCACAUCGUAUACGACGUUCUAUAUCCUCGGGUUGUUGCUGUCGAUGCAGAUCCCGUUCGUCGGGUUCCAGCCAAUCCGGACCAGCGAGCACAUGGCGGCUUCUGGAGUAUUCGCGCUGAUGAUUGCGGUCGCAACACUAAAAUAUCUACAAAGCGUGCUUUCAAAGGCUGAAUUUAAGAGUUUGUUUAUUUUCGGCGGUCUUACCGCUGCCGGUGUUGUUUUCUUGACUGUCGUGGGAUUGACUUAUGCGGGUUACAUUGCACCAUGGUCCGGGCGUUUCUACUCCCUGUGGGAUACCGGUUAUGCUAAGAUUCACAUUCCUAUCAUCGCGUCCGUAUCGGAACAUCAGCCGACCACGUGGUUUUCUUUCUUUUUCGACUUGCACGUUUUGAUUACUACCUUCCCGGCUGGCCUCUGGUAUUGCAUCAAGAAUAUUAACGACGAACGUGUUUUUGUUGUUUUGUAUGCACUGAGUGCUGUGUACUUUGCCGGUGUGAUGGUCCGUCUGAUGCUGACGCUUACGCCAGUUGUAUGCAUGCUCAGCGGGGUGGCAUUCUCUGGUUUACUGGACCACUUUUUGCGUGAAGAUGAUUUACGUUCCGAUGAAAAUGACAAGGAUGACGAGGGUGCUAACAGCAAGCGGUACUACGACAAAGCUGGACCUGGCAAAGUAGCGAAACCACAUCACGAGAAAACCAAGGAGGUUGACGCAAUUGGACCAAAUCUACGCAGUAUUGUCUUAGUUGUAAUGUUGCUGCUACUCAUGCUGUUUGCUGUGCAUUGCACCUGGGUGACAAGUAACGCCUACUCCAGCCCUUCGAUUGUGUUGGCAUCGUACAGCGGUGAUGGCACAAGGCAAAUUCUGGAUGAUUUCCGCGAGGCAUACUUCUGGUUGUCGCAGAACACCGCCGAUGAUGCGAACGUGAUGAGUUGGUGGGAUUACGGUUACCAGAUAGCCGGUAUGGCAAAUCGAACGACAUUAGUUGAUAACAAUACUUGGAAUAAUAGUCAUAUUGCCUUGGUUGGUAAGGCAAUGUCAUCGAACGAGAGCGCUUCGUAUGAGAUUAUGACUAAUCUUGGUGUGGAUUACGUUUUGGUUAUAUUCGGCGGGGUGAUUGGUUACUCAGGCGAUGAUAUUAACAAGUUCUUGUGGAUGGUACGCAUUGCUGAGGGAGAACAUCCAAAGGACAUUCGCGAGAGUGAUUAUUUCACGGAACAAGGUGAAUUCCGCGUUGAUGCUGAGGGUUCACCGACACUGCUCAACUGCCUUAUGUACAAAUUGAGUUAUUAUCGGUUUGGCGAGAUGAAGAUGGACUAUCGCAGCCCGGCGGGAUUCGAUCGUACGCGCAACGCAGUCAUUGGCAAUAAGGAUUUCACACUUACGUACCUAGAGGAGGCUUAUACCACCGAACAUUGGUUAGUUCGGAUCUACAGAGUGAAGAAGCCGGACGAAUUCAACAGGCCUAGGAUACCGUUUGCUAACCGUGUUGUAAAGAGCAAGUUCGCGUCGAAAAAGAGUUCAAAGAAAGGUAAAGGCACGAUACGCAACAAGCCCGUGAUAGUGAAAGGCAAGCGACUCGUGAAGAAGACAUAGAAUGGCCAAUGGCCACGUAGUUAAUUUGCAAAUUUUAAGUAUGAAAAAAGAAUCAAACAAAUUAAACGCGCUAUUAAUUGUUGGCAUCAACAUUAAUAGCUGGUGAACAAUAACAUUUUUAUACCUUCAACUUUACGAGAAUGCCAUCGCCCAACAGUUCAUUGAUAUUCGAGCGGACACUAUCGCAAGCACUUUUCUUAACAAACAAAAUUCACUCGUCCAAGGGUUCGCAUUUACUCUUUUUCGAUUAUGUUUCAGUUGUGUGAUUUAGAUAUGAUUUUCAACAUGAGUGUUUAUGUGUUUGGGGAUGUCUGUAAGCGACCAGCACUGAACAUAAAAUAUCAGGUGUCUGCAAUAAUAAAAAUACAUUUUUGUUUUGUUGAAACAA